UACGGGGGCAGCACCUCCGCGCCCUGCCCGCCGCCCGCACCGCGCCCAUGGCCGCGCCGAGCUCCCUGGAAGCGGUGAAGAGGAAGAUCCAGUGCCUGCAGCAGCAGGCCGAUGAGGCGGAGGAUCGCGCCCAGGUCCUCCAGCGGGAGCUGGACCUGGAACGGGACCUGCGGGAGAAAGCUGAAGGUGAGGUGGCAGCUCUGAACAGACGUAUCCAACUAGUGGAAGAGGAGUUGGAUCGUGCCCAAGAACGGCUGGCCACAGCCUUGCAGAAACUGGAGGAGGCUGAGAAAGCAGCGGAUGAGAGUGAGAGAGGAAUGAAGGUUAUUGAGAACAGAGCAAUGAAAGAUGAAGAAAAAAUGGAAAUCCAGGAAAUGCAACUGAAGGAGGCCAAGCAUAUUGCUGAAGAAGCUGACCGCAAAUACGAAGAGGUUGCUCGUAAAUUGGUUAUUUUGGAGGGUGAGCUAGAAAGAGCUGAAGAGCGUGCAGAGGUGUCCGAAGUUAAAUGUAGUGACCUUGAAGAGGAGUUAAAGAAUGUCACUAACAAUCUGAAGUCUUUGGAAGCUCAAUCUGAAAAGUACUCAGAAAAAGAAGAUAAAUAUGAAGAAGAAAUCAAGAUUCUCUCUGACAAGCUGAAAGAAGCUGAAACUCGUGCUGAAUUUGCUGAGAGAACAGUUGCCAAACUGGAAAAGUCUAUCGAUGAUCUGGAAGAAAAACUUGCUCAAGCGAAAGAAGAGAACUUGGGCUUGCACCAGACACUGGACCAGACACUAAACGAACUGAACUGUAUAUGAAGCAGGGAAGAGGAGCUCAGCAGCCCCCUGAGGCUUAAACCCUCACCUCCUGUACCACGCCACUCCUCUCCCUUUCCCUCUCUGUACCCUGGAAGACAAAAAAAAAACACCAACAAACUUUAAGUUAUGACCAGUACCGAAACACGAAGGGCUCCGGGGGUGACGGGGAGGGAGCCUCGUGCGUUCGGUGCUGCUCCCGGCCCGAGCCGCCCGCUCUGGGGGUGGCUGUGGGGCCAGGGUCGGCGCCACCCCCCACCCCUCCCCCGCUGGCGGUGCCCGGCGGCCAUUAAACGGUUCUGUCAGCCC